CGCAAUCAUCGUAGCAAGCUAUUCCAGAUCCGACAUUCUUCGACCUAGUUUUCAAAAACACCAUGUCUGCUGGGUCGACGGAGGAGGUGAGAACUUGAGAAAGGCACGCGAGCUCAGAAGCCGACAUGGCUUCGUUUGAUGAAGUCUUUCGCCUGGCAGCAAAUCCCGGACCAGAUCGUAAGAUUCCAGGAGCUGUUCUCGUUGCGGCCGACAGAUCAGGAAAGAUAUGCUAUCUCAAUUGCCAGGGAACCACUUCCGUCGACGAAGCUCUGGCACAGCCGAUCACAUCAGACCAUACAUUCUGGAUAGCAUCAUGCACGAAGCUUAUGACGACUAUUGCCGUGCUACGAUGUGUAGACAAGGGUCUGUUACAUCUGGAUGAGGACAUCUCUCCUGUCCUUCCAGAAUUCAAGUACCCUGAUAUUUUAGUCGGCUUCGACAGCAAUACUGGAGAGCCUCGAUUCCAGAAGGCGAGCAACAAGAUCACUUUGCGUCAAUUACUGACGCAUUCAAGUGGUAUGGGAUAUAGCUUCGCCUCGCCCAAGCUGGUCUGGUGGAGGAAAUGGGUUGAGAACGACCCGGAAUCGUUCAAGGGAAACCUUACGAAACAGUUCAACUUGCCACUCAUCUACGACCCCGGCGAAGGAUGGGAGUACAGCGUCAGCGUCGACUGGGCAGGUCAGAUGGUCGAGCGAGUCAAUGGUGGAGUACGAUUGGGCGACUACAUGAAACAACAUAUCUGGGAUCCUCUGGACAUGAAAUCAACUACAUUCCGGGCCUUUGAGAACGGGAAUGAACACAUACGGGACCGACUGUGUCCAAUGACUCGCAGAACUGGUUCCGGCAUCUUGAAAUCUGCACCGCCCUACCGCAGAUAUGAUUGGAAAGAUGACUAUGGAGGUCAAGGGGUAUGCUGUAGCCCGAACGACUUCAUCAUACUCCUUGGCGCGGUGCUGAAGAAUGACGGUACAGUGCUCAUGAAAGAGACAGUCGAGAUGAUGUUCCAACCACAUCUGUCUGACGAUUCGUACCUCAAUGCUCACAUGGCCAAAUCUAUUGAAAGUGGCAUGCUCCGAAGCGGUGUCGAAAGUUAUGCUUGGAAUUUUGGGCUCGGAGGAAUCUUGAAUAUGAAAGAUGUCGAUGGACUGUGCAAGAAAGGUACAAUGACCUGGAGCGGUUAUGCAAACACAUACUGGUGGGUCGACCCUUCAGCUGGUACUUGUGGCAUGUACGCCUCUCAGUUGUUGGCGACGCCGAGUGAUCCUGUUUCUUUGGACUUGUACCUUGCUUUCAGGAGGCAUGUGUACCAACAGUUCGCCUCGAAGUGAACGCGGCUGCAAAGGUGCUCAAGACAAGGCCGCCAAAUGAGGUAUUCUCGUUCAUGAGGUGGUAUCAAAGGAGCCUUGACGACGAUCACCGGUAUCAACAAUGACCAUCGAUAGCAACAACGACCGUCGAUGACAAUAACGAACGUCGAUAUAAGCAACAAGGCGACCGAAGGCUGGAUUCGGUUACCAUCUUCUCCUUGCCGGCUUGAUUGCAAGGGU